CGACAUAACUGGUUGGAUGCCUUUUGGGAAGUGAAUGAACUCAGAACAGAGUGGUCACACUUACUGAAGAUAUUUUAGGGAGUUGCUUAAUGACCAGAUGUUAGCUCCUCUUGUCUGGCACCACUAUCCAUUGGUACUGUGACCCAUCCAGACCUAUCCAUCAGAUCAUGGCGGCAAAAGAGUCCAGCCCUCUGACUACUCACGUGCUGAACACCGGUGAUGGCAUGCCAGCUGGCAGGAUGGCUCUUAGCCUUCAUCGGCUGGACUCCAAGUUGAUGAUCUGGACCAUGUUGAGCGUUGGGACAACAAAUGAAGAUGGUCGAUGCUUGGGACUCAUCAGCCCAGAAGCUUUCACCCCUGGCAUGUACAAGCUGCGUUUUGAGACAGGUUCAUACUUUGAGACCCUGGGUCAGACCUACUUCUACCCCUAUGUUGAGGUUGUGUUCACCAUCAGUGACCCUCAGCAGACGUUUCAUCUCCCCCUGCUGCUGAGUCGUUUCUCCUACAGCACCUAUAGAGGAAGCUAAACGCUGUAAACACAAUCGACUGAAACCAGAGCUGGGAGGAGACGGCUUUUUCUUUCUUUCUUUGGACUAAGCCUGGACUAAGACAAAGUCUAGUUAAGUUGUUGUGUGGUAUUCCUGGCUGUGGGGUUUAGAUACUUCUACAAAAAUUGUAUUUAUAUUUAUAAAUACUGCCAAAAGUUGGUAUGACAUAAGUACCUCAGUUAUAAUUAAUGUCAUUGCACUCUCAUAGAUGCCUCUGCAACAUUAAACUUCGUCAACUAAUGUUAUUUUAAACACCUUCACUAAAUUUACAUUUCAUCUUAAUAUUCCAUACUAUCGAACUGUAACUGUUUAUGAUGAUUAUCUACAUACAGAAUUAUACUGUAUAUAUUAAGGGAGAACUAAGCUUCACAAAUGCAAAUUUGUUAUUUAUUUCUCAGUGAAUCAAGUGCAGUCAACUCUAUACAAUUCCAUUUUUUUCCAUUUUUUCUUUUUUAGUUAUUGUCUUUUGACAGAAACAUGUUGUUGGUUUUCAAUGUAACUAGUAUUCCUUGUCCUAUGUGAUACUAAAUUAAAUAUCUUAAGGAUUUGAAACAGUUUAAAGAAGUUUGCACGUGAACUUUUUUCUUAUUCUUUCUUUCUUUUUUAAAAACAUGAAACAACAGACAAAUAACCCGACAAAAAUAGUGUUAGUUGUUGCUGAAACUCCACAUUUACCAUAAAACGAAAAGCAUUUGUUAUUAUAUAAUUUUUUCACACGUUAAAUAACGAAUGUCAAGCGCAAAACCGCACAGUCACUCCAUGUUUUGAUAA